GCAUUAAGUGAAAUAAGCGAAGGUAGAACUGACUCCAUUGUGGAUAAAACUAAAUUGUUAGAAAUUGAUGGAUCCAAUAAAGAAGAGCUUCUAUGCAGAAUUCAACAGGAAGUCCUGGAAAUGAAAAGAGAAUUACAAUAUCACCGUAACCUUAAAGAAAAUACGAUUAAUUUAAUAGAGAAAUGGAGGACUGAUGAAAGGGAUUUUUAUAAUACCAGGGGUACUGAAAAAGUUUUGGAAAAAAUACGAAGCCAUAGUACCACCAUGAUCGUAGGACAUUCUGGCUCCGGAAAGUCUGCGACAAUGAGAUAUGUAUCCCUCUUACUUGAAGAAGAAGGGUUUGAAAUAAUACCGGUCAGCUAUGCCAGCAACAUUCUUUUUCAGAGAUUCAGUACUCGAAAGCAGCUUUUUAUCAUCGAUGAUAUCAUUGGUAAAUACAGAGUCGAUGAUGUUAUUUUAGAAUCAUGGCAAAGAAUAAAUAAUCGUCUUGAAUUGAUAUUUAAGAGUAACAGCGCAAAACUUUUAUGUACCUUGCGACGACAUUUACAGAACGAAAUAAAUGAGCUGUCUAUUUCGACGGUAUUCAAUUCAACAGUUGUCGAUCUUGAUUCAAACGAUUUAGUACUUUCUCUUACCGAAAAGAAAGAAAUAUUCAGAAAUUAUAUGAAACUUCGAAACAAACAAGAUAAGAUUAACAGUGAUGAAAUUGAGAGGAUUUGUCGCUGCCAUUACGCUUUCCCUUUAUUAUGCGAUUUGUUCUUCUCGAAUCCUGAAUUCCACAGAAGGAAAGCUAAGUUUUUUUCUAAUCCAACAAACAUUUUCAAAGAAGAAUUAGAUCGUAUGCAAAAGAAAAAUAAGGAAGUUUAUUGUGUCCUUGUGUUGAACAGAAAGAGUGGUGCUUCAGGUGUGUCACGAAGGCGAUCAAGAGGUUUUUUAAUUCAUAAACCUCUAUCCUAUGAUGCUUUUACCAAGAGAAUUCAGACAGAAAUAAUGAAUGGAAAAUUUGGUGACGUUCUUCUUAGCAAACCUCUGCAAGACAGAGAUUAUGUGAAUUAUUUUCUGUCUUACCUCCAGAAAAAUAAUCUUUCCGUUGAAGAUAUAGAGCAUUCGCCCUGUACAGACAGUCUAACACCUUCACUGCAAGAGGGAGAAAAAAUAAUCAAAAAUAUCACGAACACAAACAGACAUGCUAUGAUUGAAGUCUUACAAGACAAGUAG